GCUCUAGUUUUACCCACCGCUAAUCUACAUAUGUUGAGUGCCGAUUAAGUUAUUUGUUUAGGGAUUUGUCUAUUUAAUAAACUUUCACAUAUAAGUUUUACCUGUGAAAAGCAAAACAGACUUAUAACGCGUGAUUUGCUCUUUAAUUAUUCGAGCUUUGUGAUAAUGAUGUACUAAAUAAAGAAAAAAUAUUUUAUUAAAAUGUAACCGAGUAUUCCUACAUCAGAAAAAUAUUUUAACUAUUGUUUGAUAAAGCACGCGGUGUAUGCUUAUACGAUAGACAAACAUAUAAAAAGAAUUGAAAGUUUAGUUAACUAUGGCGAAAACGUAUGAUUACCUCUUUAAGUUGUUGUUAAUUGGGGAUUCUGGCGUAGGGAAAACCUGCAUUUUAUUCCGUUUUUCCGAAGAUGCCUUCAACACCACCUUUAUUUCGACGAUAGGUAUCGACUUUAAAAUAAGAACAAUUGAGUUAGAUGGCAAAAAAAUCAAGCUUCAAAUAUGGGACACCGCAGGUCAAGAACGUUUUCGCACAAUAACCACUGCUUAUUAUAGAGGGGCCAUGGGUAUCAUGUUGGUUUACGAUAUUACGCAAGAGAAAUCCUUCGAAAAUAUUAAAAAUUGGAUCCGGAAUAUAGAAGAAAAUGCUUCCGCUGACGUAGAAAAGAUGCUAUUGGGCAACAAAUGUGAGCUCAAUGAAAAACGACAGGUUUCUCGGGAAAGAGGAGAGCAGUUGGCCGUAGAAUAUGGCAUAAAGUUUAUGGAAACUUCUGCAAAAGCCAGUAUCAAUGUGGAAGAAGCUUUUCUAACAUUGGCUAGCGAUAUAAAAUCAAAAAUGGAAAAACGAUUGGAAGCCAACAACCCACCAAAGGGAGGUCAUCAAUUGAAGUUUGCCGAAAAUCGAAAAACAGAGACUUGGUUAUCGAGAUGUAAUCUACUUUGACGCGUUCAAAUAAAUUUGCAUACCAUAGAAACAAACAUAAUUCUCAGAUGUUUAAAAAUUAAGUGGUUUUAUAAUUAAAAACUGGAAAA